AUGGUACCGUACUUUUUGUUAUUGUACCUCUUGUUACCGUACCUUUUAUCACCGUACCUCUUGGUACCGUACCUCUUAUCACUGUACCUCUUGGUACCGUACCUGUUUGGUACCGUACCUCUUGUUACCGCACUUUUUGGUAUGGUACCUCUUGUUACCGCACCUUUUGGUACCGUACCUCUUGGUACCGUACCUUUUAUCACCGUACCUCUUGGUACCGUACCUCUUAUCACUGUACCUCUUGGUACCGUACUUUUGUUAUUGUACCUCUUGUUACCGUACCUUUGGUACCGUACCUCUUGGUACCGUACCUUUUGGUACCGUACCUCUUGGUACCGUACCUUUAUCACCGUACCUCGUGGUACCGUAUCUUUUAUUACUGUACCUCUUGGUACCGUACCUCUGUUACCGUACUUUUUAUCACUGUAUCUCUUGGUACCGUACUUCCUAUCACCGUUUUAA